AUGAUCUUUGGGAAGAAAGAGCCCAACAAGGUGAGUGCGGAGCAAGUGUUCAUUCUGUCAUUGAUCACGAACGACAAACCAGUUACCAUGCUCCAGUACCUCAAGGAGUCCCUCUAUGACAUAUGCAAUGAUACGAGACGUGGUCCGACUUUGGGGCAUGUGGUGACAAAGUUGGCUGAUCAUUUUGGAGUACCGGUUGACGAGCCCAAAUACCUCGCCAAAUGGUUUUCGGAGAGGGAUCUCCACCAUGAUGAUUUCCUUGACGACAACACACAUGCACGCCACGUCUACAAGUGGAAAGCUUAUGAGGCAUAUUGUAAGGCGAAUGGUUUGCCCUGGCCCCAUCCUUCAAUAGCUGGUACUUCAACCGGUCCCGAUCCAGUAGAUACUCACAACGGUGACGGGGAUGAUGACGAAGCCAACGUACACCCUGCUGAUGACACCAUCCAGCCUCUUCCGUUGGGGGACGAGUACGCGGGUGCGUCUUCUCAUUCGACUGCUCCAGCUUGGUUUACCGAGUAUGAGGCUCAGAACAAGGCCCGUUGGACAUCAUUCGUGAAAGCCAAUGACGAGCAGUGGGCGGAACAGACUCGUCAGUGGAAUGAGUUUGUCCAGACCAACGACGCCCACUGGACAGCUCAUGACGGCAGAUGGGAUACUUGGACGAAUCGGCAAUACCAACAAAUUGGAGGUGAUUAG